AUGAACGACGAGGAAACCUUGAUCCCUGGAGGAGAGGAUGGGAGUACUACUACCGCGAACACUCAAAGACGACCUCCGCGUGUAUCAACGACGAAUUCGAAUCAAAAUCAACAUCAAUCCGGUGUGUCCGCAUUCGCGCGAAAUUCAACGAAAAAGUCGAGAAACAUUCACAACAACACAACGUCGUCGCCUCGAACGAGUGGCGGCUUAAGUGUAGUAGGUGGUUUUAGAAACCCUCGAGAGACGUUUCAGAACAUCGCGGCGACGGCUGCGGGGACUUUAGAAGAUCGGAACACUUUGAUGAAUUCGAGUUCGAGCCCGAGAGAAUCUGCCCCGGCGGUUGUCUUCGGGGCGACGGUUUCGGACAGAGAGACGAACAUGGCGAGUUUACGAUUACGACGAAUGACGGCGUUUGAGUCGCACGAUUACGACCCAAUCGAUUGCGACAUCGAAGAGGAACAGUUAAGAAGCCGAAAGAGAGCGGAAUAUCAAAACGAGGAGUGGUGGAAGUGGACGCUCUCGGCUAUCAUCGGCGUCGUGAUGGGUUUCGUGGCGUUCGUCGUGGACGGGUUGGUGGAUAAGUUGAACUCGUUUAGGUUUGGGAUGGCGAUGAGAUUAGUCGUCGGGGAUGGAGAGAACCAAGACGCGUCGAAGUUUUACGCGUACAUCAGUUCUCUGUUUGUGACGUGCUGUUUAGCCGCCGUCGCUGGAGGGCUGGUGAGUUACGUGGAACCUUUGGCAGCCGGCAGCGGGAUUCCAGAAUUGAAGACGUAUUUAAACGGCGUGCAUUUGAAAGGGUUGUUGAGAUUGAAAACACUUUUGGCGAAAUUAGGUGGCGUGGCAUUUAGUAUUGGCGCUGGUUUGAUUGCCGGUAAGGAAGGACCGUUCGUGCACGGCGGCGGUUUGGUUGGCGGCGGUUUGUGCUCGUUCGGUUCGCACUCGCUCGGGUUCAAAACCAGAAGACCGAACCAUUUUAGAAACGAUAGAGAUAAGCGAGAUUUUGUGGCUAUUGGUACCGCGACGGGUGUUGCGGUUGCAUUUGGCGCCCCAAUCGGUGGAAUGUUGUUCACCGUAGAGGAAGGGACGUCGUUUUAUAACUCGUCCAUGUUGUGGCGAGGCUUUUUGGCCACGUGCGUCGGCGUGUUGACCUCGCACUGGUUAGAGCAGUUGGACUUCGACGCCACAGAUUUCGCGCGCGCGAAAUUCGGGACGCACAGAGAUUUUGGUUUAUACACCGACGACGAGGCGAACUACUCGAAACAGUACUGGUGGUACUUUUGGGAGGUGCCAAUCUUUGCGAUGAUUGGAUGUUUAGGCGGCUACAUCGGCGCGUUGUUCGUCAACUUGAACGUACGAGUGACCGCGUGGCGAGCGAAAUACAUACCGGUAAACGAUAAGUUCAGACGAUUUUUAGAAGUCAUCGCGGUCGCCGCGUUAACUUUUACGGUCAUGUUUGUCUUUAUGGCGGCGAGUCCGUGUUUAGAAAUCCCGGCGCCGCUGAGAGACGGACACACGAAUCUAGCCAACGAGUUGGACAGGUUUGAGUACGGCGAAGCGAGUAAGGAGGAAAUUCGUACGGAUUUCUUCUCGAAAAUGUAUUGUCCGGAGGGAUAUUACAGCUCUUACGGUCAAUUGUUCUUCGUUCCUCUGUCGCAAUCGUUCAAAUUUCUCUUGCACCUGGGCGAAGUUGGCGAGAAUGGGCAAGCGCACGAGUUUUUGUUUCGAUUUGAUUUAUUAGUGUUUUACUUCUUAGCGAUGUUUUCGUUAAUGACGGUGACGUACGGCGUUGGUGCGCCCACGGGUUUAUUCGUCCCGUCUUUGGCGGUCGGCUCAGCCAUGGGCCAAAUUUGUGGGAGGAUCGUCAACUCUGUCAGCGGUUGGAUAUUAACCGACGUGCAAAUAGAUUUACACGCGUACGCGGUUAUCGGGGCCGCCGCGAGUUUAGGCGGGGCGACUCGAAUGACCAUAAGUAUUACCGUUUUGGUCAUGGAAACGACGGGAUCGAUGCAAUUAAUCAUUCCGUUAAUGUUGACUAUUUUCUGCGCCAAAGCAGUCGGCGAUCGGUUCUCCCAUGGGAUUUAUGACACGCACAUCAAAAUUAGAGGCGCGCCGUUCUUGGAAGAACCGGAAUUAGCCGGGCCAGCCGGGGAUAAAUUACGCGUCAACGAAGUCAUGGCGAAAACCAUGAUUACGAUCAAACCGCGCAUGCGCGUGAGGGAUUUGAUCGGUAUCUUAGCCUCGAACGAUCACGGCGCGUUUCCGGUGACGGAGAAUCCGCCCACGAAGCCGGGAGAGCCGUUCGAGUUACACGGCACGAUUACCCGAAAUCGUUUGUUGAAAAUGAUCACGCACAGAAUAGGUUUCUUCGAUGGGAACCCAGAGUCUCGACCGGCGGACGUGUACGGCUACACCACGGCCAAAGACAGAGACGACUUGCUAGAUAAGUUGAAGCAGAUUCCGUUCAAGUCACCGCACGUCGCCGAAGUCGCCGCGUCUUUAUCGUCCGUGGAGAUGGACUCGGCGUGGAUCGACGUCUCCCGAUUGAUGCAACGCCACCCGUUCAUCACCCACGCGGAUGCGAGAGUCUCCAGAGCCUACCGCAUUUUCCGAACGAUGGGUUUGCGACACUUGUACGUGACUCCGGAUAAACCGUUAGUCGUCGGCGUCAUGACAAGAAAAGACGUCAUUCAAGAAAACACGAGCUUAACGUUGGGCGAAAAAGCGGAACGAAUCAUGGCGGAGAGACGAUCGAGUGGCGGCGGUGGUGUUGACGGCGAAGCCGAGGGCGCGGAUGCUUUCCCAGGAGGCGCGAACUUGUACUCGCACGACUACGCCGACCGCUUCAAAUCGAAGAAGAACGAACCGUCGUCCGCCCGCCGCGGCGUCGACGAGCGCGGCGGCGGCUCGACCGCAAACGACGACUGGAACAACCAAUUCGGCGACGACGACGACGACCACCGCUCCGACGAGGAAGAAGACGAACGUUUGCCGUAUAUCCCGUAUUACCAAGGAAACGCAGGCGACGACGACGACGACGACAAUGAUGACGACCACCACCGCGGUAACCGCGACGCUCAAAACGCCGCCGCCGCCGAGGACGGUACCGAAAACACCGCCGAUACCGAAGGAUCAGGAGGGAACGGGGGAUUCACCAACAUCUCCGGUGCCUCCAUCGUACGAAGAGCAAACGGGCCGGAUAAUUUGUAA